AUGCCAGAGCGUCACGGGGAAGGAAACGGCGAGAAUGGGACGAGUCCCGCGUCUACAGUGCCGCAGGGACUUACUCGGGCGAGAGCGAGGUGGGUGUCCCGUAGUGGCCAACCCGCUGCGACUUGCAGAAGACUGGAGGAAACGCGGCGACCAAAGCCGAGACUUGACAGUGAGGUGAAAGAUGUGCUGCUGGAGGGAGAGUUGGAGGUCGAGCUGAUAAGACUGAAUGAUUUCCUUCGGGAGCAUUGCGGCCCCAGGGCAGUUGUCGAUGAAGUCCACAAUGUGUGGUUAGGAGUGUUUCUUAUGGAUCCAGAUGCUUACGUGCAGGAUCAGCAGCUGCUUGGACAAAUUCUUGAUUUAGAAGUGUACCAAUUGUUGCAAAGGUCACAGAAGCUUGUAAUGGAUACGAUGAAGCUUCAUGAAAGGGGCGUGCACCGUCUUGAACAAUGGUGGGGCUUUGAACGCAAGGAUAUGUGCACUCCUCUUGCAAGGCUAAAACUCGAUUUGGCUCUUAAGGUGGCACCGAAAGAAGGAGGCGAAGAAAUGCUUGAGGGAUUCUACGAGUCUGUGUUCAAUGCGAGUUGGCAUCACUUGGUGGAAUUUCCUGAAGGAGAAUGGAUGGGAAUGAUGGUGAGGAGAGGGAAACCACUGCAGUCAUGGACGUACAGGGCGGUUGGCGGCAUUCUCGAAAAGGAUGACAGCGUGGAGCAAUUCAGCCCACCACGUCUCAGGCUUAUGGUGCUCGUCUCGGACAAGGGAUGGCCGUACUCGUGGAUGUUGGAGAAUUCCACUCGUGACUGCUAUGUGAACUGUGAGGUGGAGCGAGUGUGGCAGAUCGUCAAGGGCGAUCUAACCGAAUGGUUCAGCACUCACCAUGGUGAGAGCGACUUUACGCCUGAGGAGCGUCUCUUGAUUGGGACGCCCGGGAUCGGGAAAUCGAUGAAUGCCGGCUCGUACCUCCUCUACCAGCUGCUGCACUACGAUGCGGAGAAACUCCAAGUGGUUGUGUACCGCAUUGCGGAACGAUCCUACCUGUUUGACAAGACCACCGAGACGGUUACACAUUACGCUGAAGAAAGCACGUUUUUGAAGGUUAUGGGGGAACUGUCUGGGCGUGGGAUGAGGGGGUAUAUCAUCCACAACGUGGCCGAGCCUAUUCUUGAACCGUCUGUUCGUUUGCUUCCCAGGGGAUGGUGCAUGAUUGUGGUGACGCCGCCGGAAGAGAGUGCCCGCAGAGGAUGCAAGAAGCAGUUGAGGGGCAGGCGGAUCCUAAUGAAGUGCCCGGAAGAGAACGAUGUGAAGGCAAUGUGCAUGUGGAUGAGGUGCGGGAGUCCUGGGAGGCAAGCGGUAUACUGGCAGGAGGUAAGAGACUACAUGGAUAAGGUGGGACCAAUCCUCCGCGACCUGUUCAGUGAGAGAGAUACUAAUGCACGUCCUUCUGCUACGAGUGAGCCGUGGGAUGGGUUGCCUUAUCAAAUGCACAUGACCACGUUGGCGUGA